AUGCGUGCUAUUACAAUCGUUUGUCUACUCUCAUCAAUUGCUUACACAGCUGCACAAAUCAGUGCGAUGUUUGGAAAUCCUAUUCAAGCCCAAAAUUGUGAAUCUUGGUCAGAAUGGGGUCCCUGCGUCUGGUUAAAAGGAAAAGAGCCGAGAUGGCAACGCAGUUACUUUGACCAGCUUCUUCCUGGCCGAAAAGGAUGUAGACAGCACGUCUUCUUCCGUCUUUUGAGCGACCGCUGGGGCGUUGCUUUUAACAACUUCUACAACUAUCUCAGAGAUAUAACUUUAAGUGAGACACAAUGCGGAGAAUGCUCUUAUCAACAAAGUUGCGGACGCUCAUGUCAUAGAAGAGGCGAUGUUUCCGUUAUCAACCCACUUUUCGUGGCAGAACGUAAAUGUCAUGGUGUUGAUCAAAAUAGGGCUUGUGUUUCCAAAUUUGUUCCGGAUUGUAAGCUUUGGCCCAAUCCCGCUAUUAAACUUCCAAAUGUAACUGAGAGCAUGCAAGCUAUUGUGGAUGGAUUAGACUAUUUAACCUGCGUUCCGGAACAUAGACCUGAAGGAUCAAUCUGCCGAUGCUGUUGUCACCCAUACACUCCUAAUCCAUCGACAUUCGAGUGCGAACUGAAACCUUAUUUGGGCAAAUAG